AUGUGCCUCCCGCACACCAACAGCAUGGACAACAAGCUGCAGGGGGCGGGGCCAGCGGGCGGCGCGUCACUUCGAUCCCGAGGAGGCGGCGUUGCACUUGAACCCUUUAUGCAUCAGGUGGGCGGUCACACCAGCAUGAUGCGCUACGACGACCACACGGUGUGCAAGCCUCUGAUCAGCAGAGAGCAGCGCUUCUAUGAAUCUCUGCCUCCUGAGAUGAAAGAGUUCACCCCUGAGUACAAAGGUGUGGUGUUGGUGUGCUUCGAGGGUGACUCUGACGGCUACAUUAACUUGGUAGCCUACCCUUACGGGGAGAGCCACAACGCGAGCGAGGCGGGGACCGGCGAGCACGAGGAUCGCGAGCCGGUCGAGCGCGAGCAGCCACGGCGAAAGCACUCCCGCCGUAGCCUCCACCGCUCAUCCUCAUCCUCGGAACACAAGGAGGAGCGCGCUGAGCGUCGUGACGCAAACGAUGCCGACUGCUCCGAUAAUAACUUGGCUGAGCUGAAGAGUCCCAGGUCAGAGCAGAAGAUCCACAUGGACCUGCCCUUCCAAAUGCUGGACUGGAACAGCGAACUGAGCACGGAGAAGAUCAGCCACAACCCCUGGAGCCUCCGGUGCCAUAAACAGCAGCUCAGCCGCAUGCGAUCAGAGUCAAAGGAUCGCAAACUCUUCAAGUUCCUCUUGCUGGAAAAUGUGGUCCACCACUUUUCAUACCCGUGUAUCCUGGACCUAAAGAUGGGCACACGGCAGCACGGUGACGACGCCUCUGAGGAGAAGGCGGCCAGGCAGAUGAAGAAAUGUGAGCAGAGCACCUCUGCGACGCUGGGGGUGCGACUGUGCGGCAUGCAGGUGUACCAGCUGAACACGGGCCACUACCUCUGUAGGAACAAGUACUACGGGCGCGGCCUGUCCGCCGAGGGUUUCGGCCAGGCUCUGCAGCAGUACAUGCACAAUGGGUGGGGCCUGAGGCGGGACCUCUUUGAGCCCAUCCUCCAUAAGCUGCACAGCCUGAAAACGGUGUUGGAACGACAGGCGUCAUACCGCUUCUACUCAUCCUCACUCCUUAUAAUCUAUGAGGGAAAGCCCCUCGCAGCCCCGCCCCCCACUCUGGCUGGCCACACACCGCACGUCGAGGACCCUCUGCCCCAUCCGGAUUCCUCCUCCGCCUCGACCCCCAUCCCAACACCCCGUACGGCCCCUUCCCCCCAGCAGCAGGAGCAUCCCCCCCUGGUGGACGUUCGCAUGAUCGACUUCGCCCACUCCACUUUCAAGGGUUUCCGUGGGGACACGGCGGUCCACGAUGGGCCCGACCGGGGCUACGUUUUGGGCCUGGAGAGCCUUAUCCGCAUCCUGGAGGGUCUGCGGGCUGAAAGCCUGCUGUGA